AUGGGAAACUACUCAAAAGCAUUGGUACACUUCGAAAAAGCAUUGGCAAAUCAAGAGAGAGCGGUCACUCCCAAUCAUCAAGAUUUGGCAAACACCUAUAAUGGCCUUGGUAUGCUGUAUCAAGCAAUGGGGAAUUUUCCAAAGUCGAAAUUGUAUUAUGAAAAAGCGCUCGAACUUUGGCAGAAGUAUCUUCCACCUAAUCAUGCAACAUUAGCCAGAAUUUAUAGCAAUCUCAGCCUGUUAAGUCUUUUGAUGGGAGAUAAUAUAACUGGAUGCUCAGCUAUGAGUAAAACGAUUGAGAUCGAGCAGAAAUCACAUUCAGCUCAUCAGAAUCAUUCAUCUCUUGCUAUUGAUACUGAUACAAGUAACAGUUUACGUCAAUUCAUGAAUUCUUAUUCGGAAGCAGUGUCGCAACUUGGUGGUCAUUUUGAAGACGUACAGAAAUUUUUUUCAUCGGAUCAGCGAGUGGAGAAUUGUACGGAAGAAGAUUUGAAUAGAGCACAUUCGCUAUUAAAAAGUAUGACAUCUGUAGUACCGAACUUAGACAGAGUAUUGCAGGAUCAGCGAGAAUUCCUUUCAACCAAUCCUUCGACGCUUUUUGGAAUACCUAUUAACCCUGCUGAUCAAAAUCAAGCACUAGACUAUGGAAGUAGCGUUUUCGAAUGUUUGAAAAAGCGCCUUAGUAGUUUACAAAACCUGUGUUCAGCAGAUACACAAGAAAUUCCUUCUAUCCUUGACAACAUGAGCAGUUCAGAUGCGAGAAGGGAAGAUGUUCUAGCUAUGUUUCAAUCGCUUGAUAAACUCUUUGAACUCCAUCAAAAGUCCCUGCCUUCUGACAACCCAUCUUUGGCUAUACUCUACAACAACUAUGGUAGUCAAAAUUGUUCUAUGGAUAACCACUCGCUCGCGUUGCUUUGCUACGAGAAAGCACUUGACAACAUCCUCAAUCGUCUGCCUAAUAACUACCAACUAUUAGCUAAAACUUACAGUAAUAUGGCAACAGAAUUAGAUCAUCUGGAGCGUCAUGCAGAAGCCAUUGAUUACGCUGAAAAAGCUUUUCAAACUGCCGAGUCUGCUUUCGGAAUGCGUCAUGAAGAAACCAUAUUCUACCAAAAUCAACUUCAACAACUUCAAAGAAAAGGACGAUUUAUAUAUGAAAAUAUUUAG